AUGGAAGGCAAGAAACCAGUGGCAGCUGUUAGGCCUUUGGUCAAUCCAACAACCAAAGAUGACGGCGCUGUCGAACACACCACUUACGAGGAGUACCAGAUCGAGUUGGAGUUCUGCAAGGUGGUCAUCGAAAAGCUCAAGGACCAAGGAUUGGAUCUGUUCGCGAUUGCGAAGAACAAGCUGCUGAAGGUCAAUGCCGGACGCUUGCGUCAUGGUAUGAAGAAGCUUCGCGAUUGGGUCUCUGGCUAUGACAUGACUGGCAUCUGGUACAUCAAGUACAAGAAUGAAAAGGGCCGGUCUCCUUUCCCUAAGAAGAACCACAAUAUUGAUAUGGACUUGCAUGAUCGUCUUGUCAAGAUGAAGCUUAUCCUGCCUGAUGCUUUCGUUGAGCAUCAAGCCACCACCAUGUUCUGUGAUGCCUUCGGUAUCAAUGAAGAGCAUUAUAUGCAUGGAUACCAUCGAUUCCUUGAUGAGUUGAACCUUUGCAGCGAGGACAUGGAAGAAGAAUUUGGAAGUGAUGAAGAUCCCAAUCCCAUCACUGCCACUCUUGCUCGCAUCACCGAUAUUCCUUCCUCCCCGGAGGAAGAAAGUGUGUCCAAGAUUCCCUUCCGUCGGGUUUCCCUGUUCGGUUUGCCCAUGGGUAUGUCUGAUGAUUGUCGGGUGCAAGAUGUACCAGUGGACAAACCGGUGAGUGAACCAGUUGAUGAUCCAGUCGAUGAUCCAGUCGAAGACUCGAAGGACUCGGUGCUUGAAGAGUCUGAAGGAACCUCUGGGACUUCGUCUCCUUCGUCUUCGUCCGGCGGCACUUCUUCCCCUGGCAGUGCCACUUCGGACACCAGUCCAGAUCAAGAGAGCAAUGGCGAGGAGGAAGAUAGCGAAGCAAGCAACUGUGAGGAUGGAGAGGAUGUUCUGAUUGUCCACGAGAUUGACGAGGCUAAUGACGAGGAUGUCGAAGACGAACCUUUGGUUCCCAAUGGACAAUCCACCGACGAUGAUGCUGAUGAUGGCGAGUUGGAGGACCAUGAUGGUGAGAGCCCAAAGAAGAAACAGAAGACUGAUAUUGACAGUGCAGCCGACCACAGUGAAGCAGCAGAUGACGAUACUAUUAAUGGAGAUGAGGAAGAAGGCAACGAAGAGGACAACGAUGGCGAGGGUGACACGGAGUCUCUGGGUCGACUUACAAGGUCUGAUACCGACUCUGAUGAUGAUAAUGAUGGUGGUGGCAAUGGCGCUGGUGCAGUGGUGGGAUCUUAUGGUGGUGUCCUCCUCUCGACUGGAAGCUGGUCUUAUUAA